AUAUAAACUGUUGAUCUCUAUCAUUUCAAAAUAGAUUUUUCUCAUAAUAUUUUAUCGAAAAAACACUGCAUUUCAUCGUUUCAUGAUUGGAUUAUGACUAUCAAGCGACGUAUCGAUACCUCCAAACUCCGAAGGCCUUUGAAACGGUCGAAAAUAACCGAAUCUGUUUAUGGCAGGUGAGAAAUGGCGGCCGAGCAACAAACGUGUUCUCCAACAUUAUUUUAAUAAAAAAGAAAUUGGAGAGAUUAUUUUUGUCUGAUCUCUUGCAUUGUUGUAUCAUAAAGCCUGAUUUAAUCUGUUUAUUCCUUUCCUAGUUUGUUCAUCUACGUGAAAUUCUUCGCCGUGUGGAUUCUUGUACUUACAGCGGACUUUUUACUCGAGUUUCGCUUCGAGUAUUUGUGGCCUUUUUGGCUGUUGAUGCGAAGCGCUUACGACUCGUUUAAAUAUCAAGGAUUGGUAAUAAUAGACUUUAUUUUCAUCUGAAAAGUACCGAGUGGUAUUCUGCCGUUUCUUUAAACUAUUCCCAGCAACUUAAAACCCUCAUCGCUUGUAUUUUUGCUAUUUUUAAAAGGUGUUCUCUUUGCUGUUCCUUGGGCUGGCCUUAUGUUCUGAUGUUGUGUGUCUGAUGGUGUUACCGAUUCACUGGCUAUUUUUUGCAGCGAGUACUUAUGUCUGGGUACAAUUCGUCUGGCAUACAGGUGAAGUAAAACCCUUCUUUAAUACAAUUUGUUGCGGUUUUGGCUAUUGAAGUCUUUCUUUGUGGCGACCAAGUGGUGUGAUAUGUUUACAUUAUUUCAUGAUUCGCUUCACUUGUCUUGUUGUUAUAAUUAUAUUUCGCUACUUUCCUUGUAGAUCGCGGGCUAGGAUUACCGACGAUUUCUAUGUGGUUAUUAUUUAUAUACGUCGAGGCAUCCGUUCGCUUAAAAGAGCUAAAAAACCUGCCAUUCCACUUGGAUUUAUGUCGACCUUUCGCAGCUCAUUGGUACUGUACUUUAAAUAUUAACAUUCUAAAUAACAUGUUUAGUAAUUUCAAUAAACCGUUCACAGCCUUUUGCUGCCGAGCUUAAUUUUUCAAAUUUUACCAUUCAAAACCCAAUAAUCACAUUUCCACAAUGGUUUUUAAAACAUAGUGGAUUUUAGAAGGAUUUACAACACAGACAAUGCAUGUAUGAAAUGUUAAAAACAUUUUUAAUUUAUUCAAGACAGCUGAUUUGCUGAGGUUGUUAAUUUUUUCUUUUGAAUGUAUAAGACUUUCAAUAUUUAAUGUUUAUUGCAUUUAAAACCUGCUUUCCAUUACUUUAUUUUGUGUGCGUAUGCAUUUUGACAGUUGUUCAAUACGGCAGUUAACCCAUUAAGUCACAAUGUGCCCUAAUGCACCGUACUUUGUUAUUUUAUUCGGAUAGAUGAUUCUACUUGUUAAGGGAAAAGUGUCAGGCUUUAAUGCGUCAAAUAGAGUGUCUGUUCAUACCUCUCGUUUGUCUAUUAAGCUGCAUUACACUCUUACUUUAAAUAUGACGGGAUAGUGUUGUACAUUGAUAUGUUUAUGAGGCCCAUGGACCUUGUUAGCCUCUUAAUGCCUGACGAUAAAAAUCAAACUAAUGAAGUAGGCAGAACAAGGGCAUGUUGUGGUCUACCGUAACAGCUGGGGUUACAUUUGGCAGAUAGUGGUCAACCUGUUAUCAGAGUGAGAAAAUAAUGUUCAUUCUUUUCAUUAUAUGUAGUAGUCUUGUAUUUGCAAAUGAAUGGAAUUGGAGUGUAGUUUAAUUCUCUUGUGUCAAUAUUGACCCCAUCUGCUACUGAAAGCCAACAAUGGGAUAACAACGCCCAUGGCCAGACAGUCCGACUUCUCAUUAAUACUCUACAGUAUGAUGCAAAACUCUCCACGUUUUUAUCCAGCUUUAACACACAUACAUUUGGAAACCAAGAACUAAGCAUUUCAAACAUUUUUGUGAUUGAAAAACGUGUCCAGAUAACUCAAAGUUUGUUUUUUUUGGAAGUUUUGACAAGCACCUGAAUAUAGGCAUGACAUUUCCCCUAAUCUUGUAGUGGUUCUCAGUUGUCUAUCAGUACAGCUACGGAAUAGAAAUGCACAUGUGGCCAGGUUCAAUUCCUAUCUGGGUUGUUCUUUUCAAAUAUUUUUCCUUGUGUUCCUUGUACUUACUAAGCCUUGAAACGUUUUUGUUUCUUCUAAAAUCACUUAAUUUCAUUUUUACCACAAAAGAAGGGCAAAUAUGCCAUUUCUGUAAACAGGUGCACUCAAAGAUUUAAUAGUCUGCCAUGUUUAUUAUCAAAAUUACGUGAACAUUUCAAUAUUGUACUGACCUUCUCAUUCUGUAUUUUAGUAUCGGCUAUCCAGUGGUCACCCUGGGUUACGGCGUUAAAAGUUAUGUAGGGUAUAAAAUUCGACAGGUUGGUAAAAUACUUGUUAGUUUGAGAUUUUUGGAAACAGUCAACCUCUAUAGUGGUGAUACUUCUCUAUUCUCUAAUAUGGGAACACUUCUCUAAACAGACACCUCUCUAACUGGGCACCUCUCUAAUACAGACACCUAUCUAAUGUGGGCACCUCUCUAAUAUAUAUGGGGACACCUCUCUAAUACAGACACCCCUCUAAUAUGGGGACACCUCUCUAAUACAGACACCUCUCUAAUACAGACACCUCUCUAAUAUGGGGACACCUCUCUAAUACAGACACCUCUCUAAUAUGGGGACACCUCUCUAAUACAGACACCUCUCUAAUAUGGGGACACCUCUCUAAUACAGACACCUCUCUAAUCUGCAUUUUUUUGCUCUUUCCCUGUGUUAGAAAAAUCUGAUUGUGUGCUAAAAAAACUGCAAUACUUAUUCUAUUUGUAUACAUGCAAACUUUCUUGUAGCAUAAAAUUCAGCGAGUUAGCAAAGAGAAUGAAUUUUAUAUGGAGUUAAUAAAUCAAUCACUACCUUCAGAACAAUUGGAAAACAAUGCGAAAGGUACUUUAUUUCAUACAUUCAUUUCAUAGAAAUUACAAGAACCACGACACCAAGAUUUAACCAGAUCUAAAAGCGUUAUCACAUUUUACCAUGCUUUCAGGAAAUGCGAUUGAUAAGAUUCCCGAAGAGAGCAGUCCACCAGCGAGGAAGUCUAGUUGUCAAACCCUGAGCAAUGGUGUUGUCAAUAAAUCAAACAAUGAACUAUUAUAUAGUCAUGAGAAUGGCAAAACUGUUAGCAGUGAAAAAACAACUAGAAAUAACGUUAAAGUUACAACAGCUUCUUCGUCCAAGAAACUCAACGAAGAUCAUAACUUAAACGAACUUGAAAAUAAGAGUGAACAAGACGGACGUUUAGUUAAUGGUCAUGUAGGGCGUAAUUUCAAUGGAGGAAAGAGGAGCAGUCCGUUGCGAGUUCCUAACGGAGAUUACGAGGACUCGGAUAGUGGCGACUCUUCUAAUACAUCAACCUCAAGUGGUCCUGGUAGCAGUAAGAAGGAGAAUCAGAAUAAAACUGCACAGGUAUAGCCCUCUAGAAACAAGAAGAUUCAUUGUACUCUGCACUGUAAGAAUAAAUAUGAAACCAGUCGUACACAGGUAAAAACAUACAAGUUGUUCCAGAUCUGGAAACAAGUUGUAAGCAAGGUUGUUGUGAAGCCGAUAUCAGGAUGUGUUCGUACUGCUUGUUCCCAGUUGUUGUGACAAGUCUGGAACAAGUUCUUAUCAUCUUGUUACAAGGUUGAUGACAGUAACAGACUUGCUACAAGUUGUUCCAACAAGACUAAUACAGGCUGUUCGUAACAAGUUGCUAUGAGCUUGUUGUCAUCAACUUGUUACAUACAGACGAUGGAACAACUUGUUGCGAGUCUCUUGGCCUCAUUUACUGGAGUAAAGACAACCAACACAAUUGUAAAUCGCUUGUCCAGAGAUAAAUUAAGCUGAGUUAAAGUGGGUAGAACGGGUCUUAAAAGGUCAGAUUUAAUGCUCUAUAACAUUUUUUUCUUACAGGAAACAAAAUAUCGUUCCGUAGUUGGUGACAUCAACCCUUCCUUGUUAACUCAACUUAAAGAAGAGAAGACUGCUAGGUAUUGUACACAAAUAAUCAUCGUGAAAAUAUUUUAACCUGUAGUAUAUAAUAAUAAUAUUGUGUACAACUAUAUACAGUAGUAGACACGAAAUGUUAGUGGCUAAAAUAUGGCAGAUUAUGCUAAACAUAUCAAGUGAACGGAAUUAAAAUGAACUACCUUAACUUAUAUAUUAGAUAGCUUUGUCAGGUCUCUCUAAAAUUUUCUUCUUUUGCUGCGAUUUUUAGUGCAUGGGAACGAGCAUAUGAAUGAUGAAUGUUCUGCAUAUAUGUACUCUCGUCUGAACAUUCAUAAAUCAUCCAUUCGUUCACAUACAUCAGACGAAAAUGUCAUGAAAUCUAAUUCUAUUUCAAUGUUCGUUUAGACGUCGUUCAGAGAACACGCUCAACCACACGGAGAGUGAACUGAAACGCGUUAAGCAGGAUUUACAGAACAGUCGUCAGCAUGAACAAGAAUUUCGUUCACAACUACAGACUGUUACUUCUAAUGAAAGAUCUCUCAAGUCUGAAGUUCAUCAGUUGAAGAAUGAUAACGAAAUAUAUCAACAAAAGUAAGUACCUAAUGUAGGACAGAUUGUUUCCUAGCCAUGUUUCCCAAAGGUGGACAAACCAGGAAACAUUGUUUCCUAGCCAUGUUUCCCAAAGGUGAACAAACCAGGAAACAUUGUUUCCUAGCCAUGUUUCCCAAAGGUGGACAAACCAGGAUCAAACAUUGUUUCCUAGCCAUGUUUCCUGAAGGUGGACAAACCAGGAAACAUUGUUUCCUAGCCAUGUUUCCUGAAGGUGGACAAACCAGGAAACAUUGUUUCCUAGCCAUGUUUCCUGAAGGUGAACAAACCAGAAAACAUUGUUUCCUAGCCAUGUUUCUCAAAGGUGGGCAAACCAGGAAACAUUGUUUCCUAGCCAUGUUUCUCAAAGGUGGGCAAACCAGGAAACAUUGUUUCUUAGCCAUGUUUCUCAAAGGUGGACAAACCAGGAAACAUUGUUUCCUAGCCAUGUUUCUCAAAGAUGGACAAACCAGGAAACAUUGUUUCCUAGCCAUGUUUCAGUCAAUUGAGGUUCAUAUAUUUAACUACAUUUAUAACUUCAUUGAAUUGACGAAACAAUAUCUUUUCUCAAGGAUCCAAACGAUGACCACAACACGCCAGCAAGAUCGUAACGCCAUUGCGACUUUGGAACGAAAGCUGAAGUCUGAACGCGACGCCCGACAACUGACCGAGUCCCAACUUCGCGAGGAACGAAAGAAAGCGAAAGCCGACGAGUUCCGACAAUCCCGCGAAGAGACGGCGAUUCACGAACACUGUAAUGCGCGGAGACUGGAACUAGAAGAUGACAUGCGGCAACAACGUGAACGAGUUGGCGAGAAGGAUGAACGAAUUCGGUCACUGGAGAGAGAAAUUGAAAACCUCAAGGCGAAGACGAAUGAGAAUGAUAGCAUACAGCUUAGGAAGGAAACCGAAGCGCUCUUAUCUACUCUAGCUCAGAUCAAAGGCAAGAAUACGCACUUGGAGAACAGUCUUAGCUCGGAGACUAGAUUGAAGCUGGAUCUUUUCUCUGCACUUGGCGAAACACGACGACAUUUGGAGAUCGCGCAAAGUCAACUCAUCAACAAGGAGCAAGAGAUUAUCAGUCUGAAAGCGAAGAUUGCUGAGGUGAUGGCGGUAAUGCCCCUCAGUGCCAAUGGUGAUACAUCCUACGGUACCCACCAUUCACCCCCACCGCCCCUCACAGAGCAUGAUGACGUCACCAAUGGUUCUGUGUUCAUCCCGAAGGCGAAGAAUGGUUUGUUGUAGAUGACGGUUUGUUCAUGUGAGCACGAUAGAUUAAGGUUUACGGCAAAACUCGGUUACAAGGGGAUAUGGUAUAUUCUGUACAGUCCAGAAAAGAAUGCAAUAGCUAUUUUCCAGAUUUUUACAUAGCGAAUUAUUAGUGAGCAUCGAACAUUGAAUGCAAGAAAUUAAUUUUGAAACUAAGAUUAUUGUUCUAGUAGAAUGGCUGUUUAAAUAAGGGGUCGUCAAACCUUCAGGGGCUCCACUGAUACCAGUGUUUUUACACUGAAGGAAUUACCUUGUAUAAAUAAUAUCUAUCUAUCUAUUGAUUGAUUGUUAAAACAACUGAUGCAUGAUUUUAAUAGGUGAGCCAGACUUUAUUUUCAAACAGCCGUAAUAUCUUCGAUAUCCACCGGUAUUUGACUGUGUAAAAAUAUGGAACAUACUUAUUGCAUUUGUUUCGGGACACGCUGUUGAUAGUUUAAAUCAUUUUUGUACCAGCAUUUAGAGCGAACCAAAUGUGCGCUUGAUUAAAAUUUGAAAUCUUCCAAUUUAUCCACGUGUCAUUUGGAAACUCUGAAUUGACUUAUUAUACAGGGACACUAUAGAAAUUAUCCUAUUGUUAUAAUUUGAAUGCCUGAGCACUAUGCGUAAACACAAGAGUGAGUAAACACAAUUGAAUUUUUAAUUACCAGGCGCAUGAAAUUCUGUGCUUAACAACAAUAGAAUAAUUUCUACAGUGUCACUUUUUCGGGGACAGGUAAUCGCGCAUGAAUUAUUAAUAGAGACAUGUCCUAUUUUCCAAUCGUUGUGUUUUGGCAAUCGCUUCUAUUGAAGUAGCCUUGUCCUUCAACUUGCUAUCAAGCUCACAUGAACAGAUGCCGUGAGGUUAUUUGAAGAGGGAUUUAGUUGAUAUUCUGUUAAGAAAGUUUAGAUUUAUUUUGUGACUCCAAUAUUUGGUCGUAGUUGAUGUUUUAAAUACACAGUUCUAUAUGUUGCAUUCGCAGAGCAAACAAAAUAAAAAGUAAGUUAAUAAAUACAGACUCUUGUGUGAUUGAUUCAAAACUAGGAGGGAAUAUUUAUUUACAAUUAUAACCAUACUUAAUUCUAUCAGUAUAUAACCUAUUUAGCCCCCAGUCUCUAUCAGAGCCCUGAUACACGCUUCCAGAAUGACGACACCUUGGCUAUGGAUCCUCGUGAUCGAGAGGUUGCGCUUUAACUAAUGACACAUACACGGAAACGAGGCUAUGUACCCAAAGUGUGAAUUAUGUUUUUUUGUCAAAGAACGUUAAAUUUAUUUAGCAACGAGCCUCCAUUUAGCCAUCUCCCGUUCUAAUACGCCCCCGUACCCAGGGGGUAAAUAGGGAACUUUAGAUUCGCUACAGCUACGAAAUCUAGUACGACUACGAGAUUUUUUCCAUCAAAUAUCAGCUACUAAAAACUUACAAUAGUACGUGGUUUGGCGCAACUGUUGCUAUAAAGAUGUGGUAUGCAAGAGAAAAGACGAUAAAAAGUCUGUAGUAGCAGAUAUUUAACGGGAAAAAUCUCGUGGUCGUACCAGAUUUAGUAGCCGUAGCGAAUCUAAAGUUCCCUAAUAGAAAACUCAGUACAAACCCAGAAGUGCCCCAGUAGGUUCCGAAAUUUUCAAGGCAUGACAAGUCAUUAUAUGCGGCGAAUUAUUACAAUUAAUAAUUUUAUAAAGUAUAUAUGUGGUAAAAAAAUUAAAUUAAGAUUUCCGCCCAACCAUAGACUAUCGAAGGGAAGAUGGUUGUGAAACUCAUUAGAAUAACAAUAUAACUCAUUGUCUAUGUUAGCCAACGUUUAUUCAUAAAUCUGGUCCUUCACCGUCACGUGCGUAUUGUAUUUUUGCCCAACUAACCAAUAGCAAUGUUUUAGAAAAGUCACCUAUCCACGACUCGAACAAUAGGGAAAUUGGAAAUGGUGGAUUUGGCAAAAAUACAAUAGACACGUGACGGUGAAAGACCAGAUUUAUAAAUAAACGUUGACCAACAUAGAUGAUGAAUUUUAUUACAUAGCAGAGAGUGAAAUACU